AUGCAAAUCACAAAAAAGAGAUUCUUUCUACCGAAGGAAGAAAAGCAACAAGAAGUUAAAACAGAACCAGGUACGCAUGAAGAUAGUUUAUUUGUACAAGAUGAAGACGAGGAGGAAGAUAAGAAGGCGAACAUAAAACAGACCCAAGAUUCAUCUCUUGCAAACUCAACUAUAUCGCUUGAGAAAUUUACCAAGGACCUCCAAGCAAUAGUAGGUCAAAUCUCACCCAUUAUACUACAUUACCUAUACGACAAAUACUCAUCCCACUCCUCGAGUGUCAAGCAUGCCACUCAUGAAUUAUUCACAAACCCUCCUGACAUCGAUGAGUUGCAACGUGAUGGUACAACGCGUUUGGAGCUGCCACUAUGCUCAUCUCCAACAAGUAGCAUAUCAUCCAUACGUUCACAGAAGCACCUGCUGGCAAAGAGCUCUUCCACCCACUCAUCCUCGCCAUUAAAGCGAAUAAACGAUAAUCUUGAGUUUGGACAGUUUCGCAAACGUCACCAUUCAGAGAAGAAUGAAGCUGAUGUUCUAGUUGAAGCCGAUUCGUGGCACAGGUAUGUUGGUACAUUGGAUGUUCAAGCGUGGGCGACGAGGCCAACCAUGAAGCCGCUCAAAUAUAAAGACGAACUCGUGGUUAAAAGAUUAGUACCAAGAAAUUCAACAGCUCAAAAAAGCUCCAUCAUAAGAUUAUGUUUAAAUGAAAGGGAAAUAGGUAGAUUGCCAGAAGAUUUGACAAGGAUUUUCAGUCCCUUGAUUGAUCAAAAUAUUGCCGAUUUUGAAGUUAUUGUACUAGAGACAACAAAACGUCGAUUAUCAACUGGAGAUUCAUUUUUUGUUCAAAUAGUGGUUUAUCUCAAAAGUACCGGGUUUGUGAAAAAUAUCGAUUUGGCAAUGGAACAACCAGGAUUGAAAAAAGGUCUUAAUUUUAAUUUUGCAACUGAAAGUGAGGGUGAGGCAUCAAUGAGAUUACGACAAGCGGGUGUGUCAAGCUUGUUUGAAAGGCUCAGGCUCAAGCCACUAAAGUUGAACAACGAUAACAGAGAAGAUGACUUAAGCUCUUCUCAACCGAUGGAAAUUACUGGCUCAGAAGUUGAGGAAGUUGCCGAUGAAGUCAACUUUGAUCAAUUAAGACAAUUUUAUCAAGCAAAUAACCAGUCCAAGCUAUUGGAGAGUUUGCCGGAGACUACGGAACCACCAAAGGAAAACUUUAACCUAUCGUUGAGAGAAUAUCAAAAACAUGGACUUUCAUGGAUGUUGGCUAGGGAGAAAGAAGUUGAUGUUUUAGAACAAUGCAUGGGUGAGGAUAAGUUGUCGCUAGAGACUAGGAAAAAUAUAGAAGAAGCAGGUACAAUGAACCCCCUUUGGAGAAAAUACAGGUGGCCUAGUGAAGAUAACACGAUGCAAACUCGGGUCGGGUCUACGCAAUUGUCUACUCAAAAUCAAGAUAACUACUUUUACGCAAAUUUAUACAAUGGUGAAUUGUCAUUGGAGAAACCGAUAAUCAAAACCAGUUUACAAGGAGGAAUUCUUGCUGAUGAAAUGGGAUUGGGGAAAACUAUUGCUACUUUGGCAUUGGUCAACUCUGUUCCCUACGAUAAUGCACACAACUUACAAGAGAAUCGAUAUGCUUCGAAAACAACUUUGAUUGUUGUUCCAAUGUCAUUGCUUACUCAAUGGAAGGAGGAGUUUGAAAAAGCCAACAAUAACGUUAGACACACCUGUCGUUUGUACUAUGGAGAUGAAACUGAAUCUGAUUUAUCAUCGUCAUUAUGCAACAUCAAGCCAGAUUCAAAAAUCCCCAUAGUUGUAAUCACCACUUAUGGGACCAUAUUAAACGAGUAUACAAGAAUCUCCAAAAAUCGAACUGCAAAGGGUGAACUCCCCAAAUUGGGUCUUUACUCGGUCAAGUUUUUCCGCAUCAUUCUUGACGAAGGACACAAUAUUCGUAACCGAAAUACCAAAACUGCAAAAUCGGUUUAUGAACUACAACUGAAUCGGAAAUGGGUUCUUACUGGUACACCCAUUGUCAAUCGAUUAGACGAUUUGUAUUCAUUGGCGAAAUUCUUGGAACUAGAUCCUUGGAAUAAUUUCUCUUACUGGAAAACAUUUGUUACCUUACCAUUUGAACAAAAGAAGAUUUCACAAACAUUGGAUGUGAUAAAAUCGAUCUUGGAACCGAUUUUCCUAAGGAGAACCAAGAAUCAGAAAAAAAACGGUAAACCAUUAGUUGAACUUCCUGAAAAAGAAGUCGUUAUUGAAGAAAUCAAGUUUAAUGACCAAGAGGCUAAACUUUACAAUUGGUUCAAAUCAAGAGCAUUUGAAUCGUUUACGGAGGGGGUGAAAACUGGGCAAUUGAUGCGUCAAUACACACAAAUUCUAACUCACAUUUUACGAUUGAGACAAGUUUGUUGUCAUGUUGAUUUGAUUGGUGGUGCUCAUGAAAUGGAUGAUGAUGUGAUUGAUUUAGAAGUUGAUGAGGAAAUGAAGACAUUUUUGAAGACCAUAAAGGAUCAAAGUGGUGGCAAGUUUGCUAAUGAUACCGAAGUGAAGCAAAUCAUUUACAAAUUGUACGAUUGUGUUAAACCCGAGAAUGAAUGUUCAAUAUGUACAACAUCACCAAUUCCCAUGAAUGAACUCACCAUUACUCCAUGCGGACACACUUUUUGCUAUUCUUGUAUCUUGGAGCAUUUGGAUUUCCAACUGGAUUUAAAACGUGAUAAACAAUGUCCAAAUUGUCGUGAACCAAUAUCGAAAUACAAGUUGUUUCGAAUUCGCAAUCAAAAAACCACCGGUAAUGAAAUUCGAUUCCAUACACAAGAUCGAACCCAUGAUCAAAGUUAUGACUUUCAAAUUUAUUUACAUGAUCCCAACAGAACCAGUUCCAAAAUACAAGCGCUUGUGAAACAUUUAAAACUGAUUCAAUGCAAUGAACCAAAUCUGAAAGUUAUUGUUUUUUCUCAAUUUGCUUCAUAUUUGGACAUAUUGGAAGUGGAAUUAAACCUAACCAGUGAUGAUUUUAUUGUUUACAAAUUCGAUGGUCGAUUAAACAUGAAUGGUCGUGGGAAAUUACUCAAUCUGUUUAAUGCACCAUUAACUAAUGGUAAAAUUGCCAUUUUGUUGUUGAGUUUGAAAGCUGGAGGUGUUGGGUUAAACUUGACCACGGCUUCAAGAGCAUUCAUGAUGGACCCAUGGUGGAGUCCCAGUAUCGAAGAUCAAGCAAUUGAUCGAAUCCAUCGAAUUGGCCAAAAUGAAACUGUGAAAGUAGUUCGAUUUAUCAUGGAGAAUAGCAUUGAAACGAAAAUGCUCAAGAUUCAGGAACGUAAAAAGCAAAUUGGUGAAGCUGUGGGAGUUGAAGAAGAAGAGAGACGAAAAAGAAGGAUUGAAGAGAUUCAAAUACUUUUCGAAGAGUAA